GAGGAGGCCAUAGCGAGGGAGAGAGAGGGCAGGAGCGCCUGCGCGCGCGGCGGGCUCGGCGAGGGAGGUGGCUCGAUGGGGGGCUGCUACUCCGCCUACGCCUGCUCGCGGAAGCUGCGCGGCCGCCUCGGCAACCUCUCCUUCGUCCUCCCCGUCACCGAACGCGACGCCGCCGCCGCCAACGCCGCCGCGGGGACCAGCUCCACAAGCAGCGCCAAGAAGGGCGACCACGGCAGCUCCAGGCGCAGUAAUGGCGAGGGGCCCGCCGGCGGCACCGAGGAGGAGGAGCUCGUGACCAAGACGACGACCGCCGAGUUCGGGCGGCGCUACGUGCUGGGGAAGGAGCUGGGCCGCGGGGAGUUCGGGGUGACGCGCCGCUGCAGGGACGCCGCCACGGGCGAGGCGCUCGCGUGCAAGACCAUCCGGAGGCACCGCCGACGGGGCGGCCGCGGGUUGAACCGCAAGCCCGCGGGUGGCGGGGGCGCGGAAGCCGCCGCGAGAGCUGCGGCCGCCGCGGCCGCGGCGCACGCGGCCGACGUGCGGAGGGAGGUGGCCAUCAUGCGGCGCAUGUCGGCCCGCGGCGGCGCGGCCGUGGUGCGGCUGCGGGAGGCCCGCGAGGACCAGGACGGCUCCGUGCACCUCGUCAUGGAGCUCUGCGAGGGCGGCGAGCUCUUCGACCGCAUCGUCGCCCGCGGACACUACUCGGAGCGCGCCGCCGCCAAGAUAUUCCGCACCAUCGUCAACGUCAUCCAGAUAUGCCAUUCGAACGGCGUGAUCCACCGUGAUCUCAAGCCGGAGAACUUCCUGUUCGCCAACAAAUCCGAGGACGCCGCCCUCAAGGUGAUCGACUUCGGACUGUCGGUCUUCUUCAACCCCGGCGAUCGGUUCACGGAGGUGGUGGGGAGCGCCUACUACAUGGCCCCCGAGGUCCUCAAGCGUAACUACGGGCAGGAGGUGGACGUGUGGAGCGCCGGCGUCAUCCUCUACAUCCUCCUCUGCGGUGUGCCGCCUUUCUGGGGAGACAACGACGAGAAGAUCGCGCAGGCCAUCCUCCGCGGCGGCCUCGACUUCAACCGGGAGCCCUGGCCCAGGGUGUCCGGCAACGCCAAGGACCUCAUCAGGCGGAUGCUCGACCCCGACCCCGCCACCCGCCUCACCGCCCACCAAGUUCUUGAGCACCCGUGGCUGAAGAACGCGGACACGGCGCCGAACGUGUCGCUGGGCGAGGCGGUGCGGUCUAGGCUGCAGCAGUUCUCGGCGAUGAACAAGUUGAAGAAGAAGGCGCUGGGCGUGGUGGCGCGGAACAUGCCGGUGGAGGAGCUGGACAAGUACGUGCAGAUGUUCCACCUCAUGGACAAGGACAAGAACGGCAACCUGUCGCUGGAGGAGCUCAUGGAGGGCCUCCACAUCAACGGCCAGCGCGUGCCGGAGUCGGAGAUCAGGAUGCUGCUCGAAGCCGCGGACACGGACGGCAAUGGGACGCUGGACUGCGACGAGUUCGUGACGGUGUCGCUGCACCUCAAGAAGAUGACCAACGACAAGUACCUGGCGGCCGCGUUCCGCUACUUCGACAAGGACGGCAGCGGCUUCAUCGAGAUCGACGAGCUCCGGCAGGAGCUGGGGCCCAACGAGCAGGCCAUCCUCGAGAUCAUACGCGACGUCGACACCGACCGGGACGGGCGCAUCAGCUACCAGGAGUUCGAGCUCAUGAUGAAAUCCGGGGCGGACUGGAGGAACGCGUCCCGCCAGUUCUCGCGUGCAAACUUCAACACCCUCAGCCGGAAACUAUGCAAACAAGAAAAUUCCUCCUCGUGAAUUCCAUUUGUUCUGCUGCUACGUACGUAGAUAUGAUUCCCUUUUUUUGUGCGUGUAAGCUGCAGAGUUUAACGAGAUCAACUUAGGCACGAACGAAUGGACGUACCUGGGGUUGUGCAGUGACAAGAAAUGAAUCAAGAUGUUUUUUCACACAAA